AAGUUGUUUUUUGGCCACUGCUCCACUGUGUGGACACAAAAAACUGCGAAAUCGAGGAGAAGGACAGCGCCCAGAAUAACUCUUGAGAAGUAUACGGAGGAACAGCGCCUCUAAUAUGGGAUUGCGGCCAAACUCCCCGGCCCGUUGGACUGCCAAAGAGAGGACAUGUCCUUUGGUUUGUUAAAGCCCCAGAGCUACAGUCGGCCCUGCCAGCAUGCUCCAGUAGUGAUUGAGCCCCUUCUGUCAGCAGCACUGUUUGAUCCAAGAGAAACGUGCCUUGUAAGGAAGCAGGAUGUUCACAGGCUCCACCAAACUCCCGCCCGCCAAAACCCCCCAGCCCGAGCGGCUGGAUGAGGUUUACGCGGCCUUGCGUCGAGGCUUACAGUCGUAUUUGCAGGUCCACCAGCUGGAGCUGGACACGCUGGGCCAGCAGAUCCGAGAAAACAAGAGAAACGGUCGACUGGGCUCUUUGUAUGAGCAAGAUAAGCAAGUGAAAGCCAUAGAGAGAUUUAUGCGUCGUCUGGAAUUCCACUUGAGCAAGGUGGAGGAGCUGUAUGAUGCUUACUGUAUACAGCGGCGGCUACGAGACGGUGCCAGUAAAAUGGUGGCGGCUUUUAACUCUGCCACUGGAAGCAAAGAGGCAAGGGAGAGCCUGAGUGAGGCCAACAGGGGUUUUAGGGAAUGUACAGAGCACAUGUGCUCACUGGAGAGUGAACUGGAAAGUCACAUGGGGGAAUUUCAUGUCAAAAUGAAGGGUCUUGCCGGCUUUGCUCGGCUGUGUGCAGGUGACCAGUAUGAGGUGCUCAUGCGCUAUGGCCGUCAGCGCUGGAGGCUACGUGGCCGCGUUGAAGUCAGCAGCAAGCAGAUAUGGGACAGCGAAGAGUACAUCUUCCUGCCUCUCGUCACUGAACUCUUGUCUAUCAAGGUGACAGAGCUGAAAAGUCUAGCCAAUCAUGUGGUUGUGGGAAGCGUGUCGUGCGAAAUGCUCGACCUGUUCUGCCCACUCCCACAGACCCUUGCCGUGGAUAUUAAUGACUUGGGAACAGUUAAGCUCAAUUUGGAAGUCACAUGGAGUCCUUUUGAUAAGGAUGACCAGACGUCGUCCACCAGUACCGUUUCCAAACGCCUGCUGUCUAAUCAGAGCCCUCCUGACACGCCCUCCAUGCGGGAGCAAGUGUUUUAUUCUUUGCUGAAGCGACAAGGGGAGCUCGACAAUGGCACCGUCUGGUCCAAUUCCUCCGAGUCCUCGGACGACUCAUCCAGCCCGGCCCUAGCCCACCACGCUCAGAGGCUGUCUGCUUCCAACAUUCCGCAGAUGGCCGUCCUUCCGCCACACAAGUCCAGCGCGUCCACGCCCUCGCUAUCAUCCAAUCAGGAGGAGGACGAGAGCGAAGUCGGCGAGGUUUUCUCCCCCAGAGAGUCGAUGCACAAUGGCCACCCGCGGACGUGUGGCCGAGUCAACGAGACCGGCCCAGAAUGUACUGUCACGGACAGGUUGUCCGUCCAAUCGGCCGAGCUUUUGGAAUCUUCGGCUGACCUGAGCUGCUCCGGCUCCGACGUUUCCUCCACCGUCGGCGAGUUGUUAGAGAGAACGGACGAAUGCGCGGCCAAAGAUCCACCUGAGGAAUUGACGCUCUGCUCCGACGCAGGGACCACUGAACUUCAAGGACCAAGUCAUGAUAUUAAGCACACGGAUGGUACUCCAACUGUCCCUUUCCCCACCUCUUCUAGUUUCACUCAGGAAGUGGAGACUGCUCUUGAGAGUUUUGACUUUCUCAACUGCUCUGACCUCGAAGAGGACGAGGAGGAGGAGUUGGAGGAAGAGGCCGAGUUUGUGCAGCAAGAAAAUGAUGAGCCUGAAGAGGAAGAUGAGCAUCAAAAUGAAACGGAGCCUUCAGAGAAGGAAGGGGAUGAUGAGCAGAAAAAGGAAGACGAGGAAGACAAAGCAAAGCAAGAAGAGAAUGGAGACGAUCAACAAGACAACAUGAAUGACGAGAAGGACAAAGAAACUUACUCUGGAGCAAGCGACGAAGAGGAAGGAGACGGGCUGGAAUUCCUCAUGGAGGCCCCGGAAGGAUUUCGCAACUCCGACGAAGACGGCGUCUCCGAAUCACAGGAAUCAAGUGCAGAAGACGAGCAGGAUUUGCGUCAGGUGCAGCUGCCCGAAGAAGAGGAGGGGCACACUGAGGAAAAGGCGGACCAGCAACACGGAGAGGACACCUCACCAGAUGUUCAAGAAGAGGCAGAGCGCCCCCCGACUCCCGGCCACUUGGCCACGACCGUCUUCUAAAGCACGAGCGCAUUCUAUUCUUCGUUCCGCUGUGGUCUAACGUGCUCGUUGCCAAGUCGACAAGCGAGCUCUACCGUUACCGUAGAGUUUGCGCACACAUUCGCCUUGUUCUCACCAGGAACCAUGAACACACUCCACUUCUUCUUCCAAAGUCCUCAGUCUUUCAACGCCAUCACGUUGCCUGUCUUCAUGCCACUUUGUUUGAAAACAAGCCACUAAAAGCAGGCUCGCUUUAUUUAAAAGAACCUUACUCGGCGACCAAUCAAUGACUGGGGACUUUUUGCAGUGUUUUCCAGCAAGUAAAGCUCUUAAGGAGAGACUCCACAUUAUGCGCUAGUUGUCUUUUUUUGUGUAAGCUACACCAGGACUUGAAAUGCCUUAGGACCAUCAUUAAGGGGCCGAGUGAACUUUAAAAAUGUUAUUUAACCCUGCACAUAUGUACUGUAUCUGCGUCACACUGCCAGCAUGUCCGCUGUUUUAGUGGUAUGAAAAAUUUUGAACACCCCUGGAAUUUCUUUUAUUUCCAAAAAUAAAUUUAUGGCCGCUUA